AUGCUUUCCCGACGACUCCUUGCUGAACCAGAAACAAGCACCAUCUUUGACACUACGAUGCGCGUCACCGAGACUACACCUCUCUUGGGCGAACCAUCCUCCGCAUGUCCCGAUCGCAACCAAGUCGACAACCCGGGCAAACACAACUACAUUCUCUGCCCCCAUGCCCCUAGCCACCACUUUCACAUCAAUUUCGUCGUUCCUCAAAGUGCCACGGAUGGUGACCAAGACUCCUCCGACGGGCGCUUGUCGGUCAUCCCAGAGGAGGAUGAAGAGCGGGUCAGCCCGAACGAGGAACCCGACGACUCGAUCCGGGGGCUGAAUACGGCGACAGACAGCUCGGAUGAGGAGUUGGACGUGCCCCAGGAACGGGCUGUCUACCUACAGCCGGUCAUGGUACCAAUUGUCGUCCACCAAAGAAGCGGGCAAACCCUGGAGGACGAGGAUACGUGGGAGGUGGGAUGCGUCUCACGAUUCUGUUGGCCGCUCAUGAGUCUAUUCCGUGCACUCGACAACGCCCCGGACGAACAAGACGGUCCCCGGCCGCCGGCCCCACUAUCGGAGGCCGAGGAUUCGGAUGCUGAAUUCGCAGACGACGAACAUUCAAGCACCGAAUCUUCGGCUGCCUCGAGCACUUCGACACCGCACAUGGCACUCUUGAUGCCCGCGGUAAGAGUAUACGGGCAGUCAUCGCUGUGGUCCCAAGUGCUGGUUUCGUCAGUUUAG